AAGACCGAUGUUCCAUAGAACCUUGUGGAAAAAAUCAGGUGAAUAAUAACACACAUUGUCCGUGAUUAGCGCUUGUUCAUUUUGGAAAACGUCACCGUGUAGGAUCACUAAAAAUACAGUUUCAAGAUCGCACGGUCCAGAAUAGAUAGCGCGUGCCAAGCCGAACAGACAGUUGUAGCAGCGAAAAUUUUGCAAAAAUUUCGUGGAUAAGAAUUUUAACUAAAAUGAAAACGAUCAAACUGACGGGCAGCGGGCUGGAAAUGCCCGUGGUGGGUUUGGGCACUUGGAGGGCUCAGCCUCAGGAAGUGGAGAAUGCGGUGAACGUAGCCCUAGAAUCAGGAUACAGGCAUAUCGACACUGCAUUUAAUUACAACAACGAAGAUUCGAUUGGCAAAAGUAUUAAACAAUGGAUUGACAGUGGAAAGGGGAAAAGGGAAGACUUAUUUAUUACAACAAAGCUCCCCAAUUUUGGCAGCAGACCCAGCGACGUGGAACGAUUCCUGAAACUGUCAUUACAGCGAUUGCAAACGGAUUACGUGGACUUGUACCUAAUGCAUAUGCCCUUCAGUUUUCACUUGAACGAAACCACACUAUCACCACUGGUAAACGAAGACGGUUCUUUCAGCCUGGACAAUGUUGAUUUUGUUGAUACUUGGAAGGUAAUGGAGGAACAAGUACAGAAAGGACUAGUUAAAGCGAUCGGUGUAUCAAAUUUCAAUGCCGAGCAACUUCAAAGACUGUACAAUAAUUCCGAAAUCAAACCGGCCGUACUGCAAGUGGAAAUGCACGCUUACCUUCAGCAAAAAAACCUAAAAGAAGUUUGCAAACAGUUACAGGUGGCUUUGACGGCAUAUUCGCCUCUGGGUAGUCCCGGGGCUAACAAUCAUUUUAGUUCAAAAUACAACUAUUUGUUAGAUGACUUUCCCGACAUAUUAGGACAUCCGAUAGUGAAAGAAAUCGCUCAGAAAUAUAACAAAUCUCCAGGUCAAAUACUUUUGAAACAUUUGGUACAAAACGACAUCAUAGUGAUUCCAAAAAGCGGCAAUCCCGACAGGAUUAAGGCCAAUAUCGAUAUCUUCGAUUUCGAGUUGGCCAAAGAGGAUAUCGAAAAACUCGACAGCUUGGACAAGGGAGAGGACGGACGAAUAUUUGAUUUUUACUUUUUCAAGGGCGUAGAAAAUCAUCCGAACUAUCCCUUCCGGAAAAAGGAGAGAAAAGAAUAAUUCUUGUGAUGUACUGUUCUAAAUUCAGUAUCAAAAAGUAUUUUUAUUGUUAAACAUGAACAAAACUGUUAUUGAUAAACUACAGUUUGAUUAUCAGUAAAUAAAGUAUUCUUUUUA